AAUGUAGGUUGGAAAGAACACAAGGACGAAACGGACUCGCACGCUGCCAUGAUGGACUUAUAACUUUACAUUCUUCUUCUUCUUCGUGUCGUCUUCAAAGGGCUGUGAAGCCGUUUCCAAAGAUGUGCAUGACUUCUAGAUUGCAGGCACAAUAGUCCUGGUUUUACACCUUACUCUUUGCGAGUCACUUAACGGUCUAUCCGAGGAACGGAGUGUUUCUCCUGAACCCGAGCCUACAUCGAGAACAGAGUGGAUGGACACACUUACACCCAACGCGGCAACACUUAGUUUUGUUUCGUAUCCUCAGUGCGGUGUUCAAACCCACGCGUAUACACAGUCAGACGACGAUCCGAUUGCGCCACAUUGCCUUCUCUUAAACAAUCAUGACGAGCAUGGACGUCAAGGAAAAGGCUGACAUGGAAGGCCAGUGUUCCACAGGUAAUGGGCCAGAGGAAGAGCAAAUGCCCACAGCAGAGCCGUUACUUCAAUCUUCACGGACACGUCGUGUUGCUGAGGCUGAAGACAUCGAGGAAGGUACCCUGAAGCGCAUGUGCUCGCGGACAUGUUCAACCAUUAUAAGACACAAAGGACUCAUCUGGGCACUUCUCUCUGCAUUGGCGGCUUCGCUGACAUCUCUGCUGUUGAAACUCCUCGCAGGUCGCGUAUCCGUCAACCAGAUUGUAGCUUCCCGAUCUGGGUUUUUCAUCCUGAUGACCAUGCCAGUGUUGGUAUGGCAUAAGAUCUCCUUACAUAUGCCCGUGAAGAUCUGGGCGAUCUUGGCGUUACGUGGGCUUGUGGGGACAGCAAGCACAACUUUUUUCUUUUACUCCUACCAAUUACUUGACAUCUCCACGGCUAAGGCCAUCACCUACAGCUCGCCUCUGUUCACAGCCUUUUUCGCCUGUUUAUGUCUCAAAGAACGAUGUAACGUACCAACGGUAUGCUUCUCCAUGACCACCAUUAUCGCUGUCUUGCUAGUGGUACAGCCAUCUUUCAUUUUCGGUCGUAGCGAAAGCGGCGGUGUCUCUCCGAUCGGAGCCGUAGUUGCUUUGUGUGCUUCAAACUCCAUAGCGUUCUCUCUCAUCCUUCUCCGGCUGCUCGGUAAAGCCAAAAUCCACGCACAGGUCGUGAUUUUAGUCUUCGGAUGCGUCGGCGUAGUGGUUUCACCAAUCAUGACAAGCGCCUUCAACGAGUGGUCCAACCCUCAAUGUGGAGCUGACCGUCUUCUGGUUCUUUGUGUGUGUAUCCUGAGCUAUUCUGAAUGGAUGAUGGUGACCGUUGCAUUGCAAACAGACAAGGCGGCUUACGUUGCAGUCAUACGCGCGAGCGACGUUUUUAUAACAUUUGCGUUUGACUUCCUUUUCUUUGGUUUAUCACCGAAUGUUUUGACAAUCGUUGGAGCCCUUGGCGUAGUAGCAAGCUCGCUGGGAAUGACCUUGUAUGCUCAUUUCUCGUAUACCAAUGAAGAAGGCGACAAUGAUAGCAGUAGCACCAUCUAAAGAAUCUUGUUCACUGUAAAAAGGUUGGGCAAUAUUUGUCCAACACUUUGCCUAACGUUGUGCCAAUAGUCAACCCAACCAUCUAUUGGGCACUAUUUUGCCCAAUGGUAUUAGUAAACGUAAGUGCCCUACUUCACACGUGCGUAAUUGUUUCGUAUUUUGACCAAAAUUUGGGCAAAGAUAUGACCCUUUAACUGCCCGACUACGGUAGCCCACUUGUGAAAAUCUUGAUCAGCUGAUGGGGAAAAUACGAAACGAUUAUGCAACUGUGGAGUAGGGUACUUACGUUUACCAAUGCCACUGUGCAAAAUAUUGCCCAAUAG